UAUCAAUGCCGCUCUCUUCAGAGCAACAACAACCCCAGAUUGGUGUUCAAUGCCAUCCGUAUAUUCGAUAAGAUGAUAUGGUGAACCUUGAUCGUGUAGGACAUGAUAGGAUACGGCCCCUCAGUAUGACGUCCGCCUCAAGAGCCUGCCUAUCUUCCGUGUCACAACGAAGCGUGUCGCCCGACGACUAUCCCUCCAAGGUGCAUGCAAUGUUAGCAGUAUCUAUCUAGUUCUGGAUGAUAGGGUGACCAGUUAUGUAGAGCUACUGUUGUCGAAACUGAGCAUAUAAGAGGCGACUCGACCCUGUGUUUCCAGUCCCCGUUUAUUGCCUUCACGCCUUCACAUUGAUCCUAGGCAUCCCUUGCCCCUGCGCAGUCAUGGAAUCCCAGACCUCGAAGAAGGAUGAGCUAGAGCUUGUGGUUUCUAACGCUGCCGCCAAAGAAGCCGGCACGGUACCAGGUGAAUCUAUCAGAAUCGAUCCGUGCAUCGAGAGAUCAGUACUCCGGAAGUUGGACUUCAAACUUCUUCCCGUCCUUUCGUUGAUGUACUUCUUCAACUCCCUUGAUCGAAGUAAUCUGGGGAACGCGAAGACAGAUGGUAUUGACCAGGACCUCAAGCUGGUUGGCAAUCAAUACAGUAUUAUCCUUGCCGUCUUUAAUGUUACAUUCUCCCUGUUCGAUCUGCCCUCCAACUUACUGCUGAAGAGGUUUAGCGGUAAAGCCAUGCUUCCUAUAAUGAUGCUUGGCUGGGGCAGUGUUACGCUUCUUCAAUGUGCAGCAUUCAAUUUUGCUGGUAUGCUCGUAUGUCGACUCUUUAUGGGUAUAUUCGAAGCAGGCUUUUUUGCGGGGGUGAUCUUCUACCUGACGCAAUUUUAUAAAAGAAAUGAAAUCGCCUUUCGCCUCUCGAUAUUCUAUGGAAUGGUGACGAUCGCAGGUGCGUUUUCCGGCCUCAUCGCCUUUGGUGUCUUUCAGAUCAAACAACACCUACCAGGCUGGAAAUACCUUUUCUUGAUCGAAGGCGGUGCGACCAUCAUCAUCGCUACAUUCGCAGCCUGGUGGCUCCCCCUCAGUGGCUCCAAGUGUCACUGGUUCAACGAAGCCGAAUCCCAAGUGGCACAGAUGCGUCUCCUGCAAGACGGAUCUGUCCGAACGACAGAUCACCUUUCCGUCACAGAAGCUCUAGCCGCCCUGUUGGAUUGGCGGGUCCUCGUCUGGGCCGUCAGCUGCUUUUGCUUCGGGGUUGCCCAAAGUUCCGUUAGCAAUUUCCUCCCUCAAAUGGUGGCCCUCCAAGGCUACUCCGCGGUGAAAACGAAUUUGUAUACGGUGGCCCCGUACUGCGUCGGGACCGUUGUUCUCUGGAUCAUUGCCAAGUCGUCGGAUCAUUUUCGAGAGCGCUCCUUCCACCUGGCGGCCGCGUUGAUCAUCACCUUUGUUGGAUACGUUAUUCUCGCCACCGUUGACGCAAAUACAAACAAGGGGGUGGCCUAUUUCGCGUGCUUCCUCCUGGCAGCCGGCGCCUUCGUACCAAGUAGUAUCUUCCAUAGCUGGCAUACCAACAACGUUACCGAUGAGAGCCAGCGAGCAGCGACCGUGGGCUUCUUGGUGGGCGCGGCCAAUUGCGCGGGCAUUCCGUCAAGCCUGUCAUUCAAGGCAGAUACCGCACCAAGGUAUAUGCCAGCGAUAAUUGUGAAUUGUGCCUUCCUUUUGGCGGGUGCCUGUGUUGUGAUAGGGUUGGGGACAUGGUUCAGGCUUGAUAAUCGCAGGAGAGAUAAGGAACAAGGCGUACGACUCACUGCAGGUGAUGUUGCGACCCAGAAUCUGGUAGGAGGCUGGAAGGAUCCCAACUGGAGGUGGACCCCUUGAGACCUGCCUCAUUUCCUUGGCUGGAGGAAGGUUGCUGCGUUGGCAUUUCUUCCUGAGGUUGGUUAUUGCCUCGCUGACCGCUGCUCGGUCAGUCAUCAGUAUCCGAGACCAUCACUAGGACCUUUAACUAUCACAUAGGACUUAUAGCGAUAUACGCAAUACUGAGUACGUUUAAGCGCACUAGUUAAGCUGCUGAUGAGGAGACUCACAGAGCAUAACUCACAAGCUAUGCUCAGCCCGCUCAACUAGAUUGGGCUCCAUAACAGAAAUUGAUGUUUG